AUGACGGAACCUAAUAAUAAUAAAAAUAACAAUGCUGAUUUACAACCGCCACCUCCUCCAUAUCUUAGUGCUGUUUAUAAAAUAGAGGAUAUUUACUCUAGACAUGGAUACGAUGCACCGCCACCAUCUUAUAUCGAACAAUAUCCAUAUAUCGACCAACAUUCAAAUUAUCCUGGACCACCUGAUAAUCAAAUACCAGGUACAAAUACUAACAUUAUUACACUCUCUCUGCCACCUCCUUCAAUGUCAGUUCCAGCAAUGAAAAAAUUGCGAAUGUACUUAGCUGUUAAUGGUAUUAUUACGGUUCUUUUCGGAAUUACGGCAAUUGGUUUACAAAUUGGGUUAUUAGCUUCUAAUGUUAUCGUGUAUUAUUAUUAUGGAUUUUGGGCUGGUGCUUUAGUACUUGGCGUUGGUUUUAGUACUUUAGCAAUGAUUAGUCGUACACGAACAAUAGUCCCUGAAAAACUAUUUAGUGCUUUUGUAUGGCAAAUGGUAUUUGUGGCAGUUGUAUUUGCAUUUGCCAUUAUGAUUGUUGCAACAGACAUGUGUAGAUCGGAUAAGAACAUUAAUGACACGGUUUAUUCAUGUAAAAAAUCUUCGAAAAUAAUAAAUGGCUUAUUGAUUACAGUAUUUGCUUUAACUCUAUUACAAGCAAUAAUAAACACAGUCGUGGCCAGAUUCAUUAAACGAAAAGCACAAUUAAAUGCUGCACACAUAAUAUUACAAAAUUCACGACAAACAUAA